UAACAUUUGCCUUUACUUUCUCUUUUUCUUCUUCUCAUCCGAUUCAAUUAAAUCGGAGCUCCGGCGAAAAUAUGGAUCGGGCACAACUUCUGUUAGUGGGGCUACCACUCCUCCUCUUUUGCUCCGACAUCUUCAACCUCUUUUCUCCGCCGCCGUCUAAGCCCGGCGCUCCUCACCACCACCACCAGCACCACCACCAUCAACCCGAUUCACAGCCCCUAAUCCAGCAGCAACAUCCAUCCCUUGAGUUCCCGACUCAGAAAUCUAGCGGGAUAGGUUUUGGAAACACUGUUAGCAUCGACUUUUGUGCUUCUUGUUCUUACAGAGGGACUGCAGUCACGAUGAAGAAUAUGCUAGAAAGUCAGUUUCCUGGAAUCAACGUAGCUCUUGCAAAUUAUCCUCCUACACUACCCAAACGCAUGUUGAGCAAACUGGUACCAGUUCUUCAGUUUGGAGUGAUUGGAAUUAUAGUGGGUGGUGAACAAAUUUUCCCAAGAUUAGGGUUUGCUGCACCACCGCAGUGGUACUAUUCCAUGCGUGCAAAUAGGUUUGGGAGUAUGGCAAGCACUUGGCUGCUUGGAAACUUCCUUCAGUCCUUCCUGCAGAGUUCAGGUGCUUUUGAAGUGUACUGCAAUGGUGAACCGGUAUUUUCUAAGCUGAAGGAGAAUAGGUUCCCUGGGGAGAUAGAGUUGAAAGAACUUGUUGCUAGAAGGAUUUCUAGUUCAAGAGUGAUCGAUGGAUUUUAAGUUCCGAUAGAACUAUGAUUUUACCUAUACUACGAUGAAUAAUUUGUUGGGUUCUAACUUUUGUUUUAGUCGGUAUAUUAGUAUGUUUUUUGUUCCAGGUUUGAAACAACUCUCCCGAUUGGCAUUCUUACUGUCACAACAGGAUCUCUGUAACACCAAACUUCUUUCCAUAUAUUGUGAAUUUUUGACUUGCCUGA